AUGGUCCAAAUCGUGCAUUCGGCGCACUUGCCGGCCGCCAAGGUUCCUUAUACCGACUUCAAAGGCCCCCGUGGCUCGUUAAAGCACCGCUGUGGGUUCUGCCUGGAGCCAAAAUCCAAACUUUCCAAAUGCACAGGCUGUCGCGCGGUUCGCUAUUGCUGCCGCGAGCACCAAGUACAAGACCGCCCCGGGCACAAAUCAGUCUGUAAUCGUAUCAAACGAUGCCGCACUAAACUCGACAAAGAAGACCAUGCCGUUCGCAAUGCAACUCCCGACUUUAUGACCCCCGCCAAUGCAUUCGAGACCGACGUUGGUCACUUCUGGGGCAUCCUCAAUACUCGAGAUUACAUGCGUGCACGGUUCGCUUUGGCAGAUAGUCUACGCAGACUGGGAACACUGGACGGCAUCACUGAGGCUCUUGACCAUAUGCAGGAUAUGCUGCGGCUGUGCAGAAGCGACAACAUGGGGAUCCGAGACAUCAUUGCCCCAACGUUGCUGCAGCUGGAUCAAGACCAGGAAUGUUAUGACUUCAUCAAGUGGUAUGCGACAGAAGGUCGGCGCGGUGACUAUGACUGGGGUGAUAUGGACUUGCCGUUCCUGAACGUCAAAGGUGCCAAUGUGCUUGAAGACGUCGGCUACCUCGAGAAAGAGUUCCAGGUUCAGCAUGUCUCUACAGUCAUGUUGCUCAAGCUGAAACUGCUUAUCGACAUAAUCAAUAUCAAGCUCGCUCGAAAAGUGGCUGCAGGCCGGUUGCCUCCCGAGCUUUGGGCACGUAUCGAGCUCUACGUUACCCGAAGCCCAGUUAGCCGCCAGUGGGUGGGGAAGCCAUAUCAGGCUAUCACGACCGUGCAGCAGAAGCUCGAACUCGACGUCAAGCUCCUUGCCAGAACCAUCGAGAACAUCAAUCAGAACUUUGUGCAUAUGCUUUUGGACGCUGAUGACUACCUCUCUGAAUUACCAGAGUCCUAUUCGUCAGGCACAUUUGAGGAGAUGCUGCUAGUUUUACAACACAGCUAUGGCGCUUGGUGGCAGCACGAGGGCGUCUUAGAGCUGCUGGAGUCCGCCAGAUCCAUCGCAAGGAAGGACUCUGAGGAUGAGAUUGAGGAUAUGAUGAGUGGAAUGACCUUCGAAAACAAUCCUGGAUCAGACAGAACCAAGGACGAAUUGCUACAUGACGUAAGUAUCAAUCGACUUUGGGGAUACUUUGACGAUGCCCUCGAGGAUGCCACUAGUCUCGGCGAAGAUCGGCCAUCCGAAGUCAAGAGAUUACGAUUGAAAGCGGAAUUUGAAGCUGCCGAAGAGAAAGAACGUGGGUUCAUCAGCAGCGACGACGAGAAUGAUGAUUAA